AUGACGUCGGAUCCAUCAUCCAAUGGCCACGUCGACAAGCCCAAGGUCCUAUGUCCCGAGAAGCUGUCACCAGAUGGCCUGUCCAUGCUUAGGAAAACACUUCACGUAGAUGAAGUCAGCAAGCUGACCCCAGAACAACUGAUCGAGAUCAUUCCACAAUACGACGCCCUGCUCGUCAGAUCAGAGACCAAGGUCACAAAGGAACUGCUCGCUGCGGCCAAGAAUCUGAAAGUCGUUGCUCGUGCGGGUGUAGGUGUCGACAAUGUGGAUGUGCCCGCGGCCACUAAGCUAGGCAUUGUGGUUGUCAAUUCGCCGAGUGGUAACAUUCAGGCAGCGGCGGAGCAUACGAUCGCUCUGCUUAUGAGCAUGGCGAGGAAGGUGCCAGAGGCGUGCGCCAGUAUGAAGGCCGGCAAGUGGGAAAGGAGCAAGUUCGUUGGUGUCGAGGUCAAGGGAAAGACAUUGGGUAUCAUCGGUCUAGGGAAAGUCGGUCUGAUAGUGGCCCGCAUGGCUCGAGGACUAGGCAUGAGCGUCGCCGCCAUGGACCCCUAUGCAUCGCCCGCCGUCGCCGAAGCGGCCAAUGUCUCGCUCGUCGGAUCCCUGAACGCCCUCCUCCCACAAUGCGACUUCCUCACCAUCCACACGCCCAUGCUCGCCUCCACCCGCGGCAUGCUCUCCACAGACGAGAUCGCGCUCCUCAAAAAGGGUGCACGCGUUCUUAACGUAGCCCGAGGCGGCAUCGUCGAUGAGCCCGCCCUCCUCGCCGCGCUCGAGUCCGGCCACCUUGCCGGCGCCGCCAUCGAUGUGUUCACCUCAGAACCACCCAAGAUCUCCGACAAUCCAGACAGCGCCCUGACUAAACUCCUUCUCCAUCCCAACUGCAUCUGCACGCCCCACCUCGGCGCAUCGACCGUCGAAGCGCAAGAAAACGUCUCGCUCGACGUCUGCGAACAAGUCCUCCAGAUCCUCGCCGGCGACCUGCCCCGCUCCGCUGUCAACGCGCCCAUCAUCGUGCCCAAGGAGUACAAAACCCUGCAGCCCUUUGUUCGCCUCGUUGAGAAGAUGGGCAGCUUGUACACGCAACACUUCUCCCAGCCAAUCGCCGGCGUGCCUGGCGGUGAGAAGACCGUCCAGCAUCGCAACACCUUCGACCUGAUCUACGAGGGCGAGCUGGCUGGGAUGAGCUCCACAAAACCACUCUUCGCGGCACUCAUCAAAGGUCUCGUAUCACCCAUCUCCGAUGGCUUGUCAAACGUGAACAUCGUCAACGCCGAAAUGGUUGCCAAAGAGCGUGGCAUCUUCGUGAACGAGCAGAAAUCCCGUGACCCGGGCUUCUCUGGACAGGGACAGGGCGGGUUCUCCAGCUUAGUCACACUGGUGGCGCGCAGCAGCAGUCGUGCGCCGAGCUUGAGCCGGCAUGAUAGCUACUUGGGUCCGGAUGGCAAGGACGGCGGCUCGCGGGUAAAGGCAGACCGUCAGCAUGUCAUUAGUGGGUACUGCUCAGACAACACGCCUUUCAUCAGUCGGUUAGAUCGAUUCAGCACGAAUUUUGUGCCAGAGGGACACUUGUUGAUCUGCCAUAAUUACGAUAGUCCGGGCAAGAUCGGGCAGGUGGGCAGUAUUUUGGGGAGGGAGGAGGUGAACAUCAACUACAUGAGUGUUGCGCCGGCAAGUUUUGGGGCCGGAGCUAAGACUGGCAUGGAGGCCGUGAAUCAGCGGCUUGCGGGAUUGAGGAGGGAGGGCAGUGCGUUUGGUAAUACGACGAACAGUGGAACGCAAACCCCGCAGACACCCAAGGAGCCGACGGAAGCUCUUAUGAUCUUGGGCGUGGACCGGGAGCCGGCGGCUGAGGUGGUCAAGGAGCUGAUUGGCACUGGGGGCGUCUUGAGUGUUAGCGGCGUGGUUCUGUGA